GCAAGAGCAGUGCGCAUGUUAGCUUGCAUGCAGCUUAAGCACCGCGAUGAGCGAGUGCGCCACGCAUUUUGUUAUGAAAUACACUUUUUUGGGGGAAAAUACACUUUUUUUUAUCACAGAAUACACUUUUUCAUUCCCAGAGGUUGGCAGGUCUGCAUGUCAUGAAUUAGGAAUAAAAUGUCAACUUACUUUUAGUGUUCUUUUUUUUGUAGGCAUUCAAUUUCCAUGAUUUAGUAAUUUUGGGGGAAAUAUGAACUUUUCUGUUGGAAAUUCAUUAACAAAAUUGUAGUCAUCUCUUAUUUAAAACAUCAAGAGCUUAAAUCAUACUGUACUAAGUGUAUAGUUUACAGAAAAUUGCAUCAUUCCUUGGGGGGAAAAGUUUUAAACAAGAAAAAAUGUUUUAUUUGAUUUUUAAAAUAAAAACUCUUUUAUUUCAACCCUGCACGUGAGGUCAAACUGUUAUUUUUGCAUUCAAUACUUUAAAUCAGCCAGUCGAUAUGGGGUAGGUUGUGAGGAUUCAUAGAAAAAUUUUUUUUCUGGUUUUGUUGUUUCCCAGGUUGCCUUGAGCAAUGAACAUCCCAUACUGCAGUCAACUUCAAGUCACAUGAAAACCUAAACAUGGGUAUCAGGGGUCUCACUACUUUGGCGGAGAAUCACUCCAAGAAGCUCUUCAAAGACAUCGUCCUCCAGGAUACUAAACUUGUCAUUGAUGGAUUUGGACUCCUGUGGUACCUUAUUUCUCAAAUUCAACAUGCAGACCGUAUGUCACAUGGUGGGGAGUAUGAACUGCUUCGCUCCAAGAUCCAGUACUUCUUCACGAACCUUCUCAAGUGCAACUGUACCCCGUAUGUGGUCUUUGAUGGCAGUUUUGACCUUGAUGAUAAGAAACAUGGUACUAUGCUGGACAGGUUCAAGGAUAAGAUCAGGAUGGCUAGAGAGCUUAUUCAUGGAGGGAAUGGUCUUUUGAUGCCUCCUCUGAGUCUUUGUGUUAUGAAGCAGGUUCUUGCAGAACUGAACGUGGGAUUUGCCUUCAGUCAGUUUGAGGCGGACAGAGAGAUAGCUAUCCUGGCCAACUAUUGGCGUUGUCCAGUCCUUGGAAAAGACAGUGACUUCUUGGUGAUGGAUAUCAUUGGAGGCUACCUUCCUUUGACACUGCUAAAGUGGAAAACUGUUCAGAGGUCCCGAAGAGGGAAGUGUUUCAUUGUGGGUCAGAUCUAUCAAGUCAAUGCCUUUUGUAACUUCUUCCAUGUAAAAAAAGAAUUGCUGCCUCUCUUCGCCACACUGGCUGGCAAUGACUAUGUUGAUCCUAUGUCAUUGAAUUCAUUUCUUUCAAGCCAGGUGUAUGGAAAAUACAGUGGCAGUGGCAGUGGCAAUAAACGACAGACACAAUUGGAACACCUUCUCUACUGGCUAAGUGAACGGAGAUCAAGUGCUACUGCUUUGAAAGAUGUGUGGAAAUCCCUCACAAAUAAGAAAGAACUGGAACCCUCAUUUGAAGCUUCCAUGGAAAUGUAUCAGACAAGACUUGACUCCAGCAACCUUCUACCCUACUUUGAGGGACAAGGACUUUCAAAAGACUUCCCAUCAAUGUCUCAACUGUGUUCUGUCAUAGGGACACCAGUAUGGGUAGCCAUAGCUCACCAGGCAGGUUUAUUUGGGAACCUACUGAUCAAUGUCUUGAGUAAGAGGUACUGUUUCUCCAGUAUUCAAGUGGAAAAUCUAAGACAGCCCAGUGCAUGGCUACCGUCAGAGAUUCUGUUUUCAGUGUUGUCUGGUAUUGUUUUUGCGAGAAGGCUACAAGGUAAUAAGGGUAAAGGAGCAGAAACCUGUCAUGUGUAUAUUAGAAAUGGUGAUGGAUUCCAAAGAAAGAAGGUUUCACCAUUGCAACUGUUGGAAGGAUAUGGGAAGCUUCCAACUUUGGCGAUGAUUCCAUCACUCCCAGAGACAGACAAGCAGAAACUUUUGCGUCAGGUUCUUGCACCGAAUCUUACAACACACAUGGACCUUGUGUCAUUUCCUGUGGACUUCCAGCUUGCCCUUCUUGUGAUGCUGUACUGGAUGAACUCAAAACACUCCCACUACAACGAUCUUCAUAUUAAUUCUUUGCUUGUCGGAUGGGUCUAUCUCUACACCCAAAGACAAAACAGAAUGUGCAAAGAUGGAGGACCAUCUGAAUUACAAGGGCAAUGUGCAGCCUCUGCUCCACCAGGGGAUCUGAAGAGUGAAUGCAAGAUUAUGCACACCAACUUCAGCCACCAUCAAGAAAGGUUAAGAAAGAGAAAACCUGAUCCUGUUAUUUCUCACAGCUUCUCUCAGUGGCAGCAGUGCCUUGUCUAUGGCAUCUGCUUCAAUGAACUGCUUCAGAGUCCCUUGCCAGACUGUCCUGAUGCUUCUAUCCUCUUCAAUGGCCUGUUAAUGCACAGCUUGUACAUGACACUUCGGGAUGCUUCAGGUAGGGAACCCCUCCAUAGGUGGGCAGUUGCCAUGUUCUUCAAAGACACACCAAUAGCAUCUCAGCUCUUUGUUUCAAUGCAUGAGUUCCUCACUUCCAAUGCUAGGAAGGUUGGCCAGAAGAAGUCUGCUAAAUCAUCUGAUGGUCAACAAUCCAAACAGUCCUCCAGGAAGUCUAAAUCCCGUCAAGGUCAGCAGCAGAAGGGAAGACAGCAGCAAAGAGCAAUGUCAAAAAGCAGCAAUCAAGCCAGUGAAGAUUCAGACUCUGACCAAGACUGGGGAGCAAAUAAUAGAUUUGCUUUACUUCAGUAACAUUAUACAGAGCUAGAUACUUCAACAGACUGCUUACAGAUAACAUGAGGAUGCCAUCUACUGGGGAAGUUUGACAAGUGGAGAUCACCCC